AUGGGGAGAUCGCGCCGAGCUGGACGUCUAGUCCAGCUCAGACGUUUGGCAAGAGCAUACGCAACACCUGGGGUCUUUGACCCCAGGGUGUUUGACUCCCCUGCAAGACCAAUACAACCCUCGCUUCCGCCUCCGCCCCCUCAUCCAUACCCCCUGGUCGGGAUAAGUCCGCCUCAACCCCCUACAGGAGCAACGAACCGGGUGCCACCAAGCCCACCCCCUUCCCCUUCUUACCCACGCGCCCCUGACCCCUGCCCGGUCAGGGCAUGGGCACCGCGCCCACCGGUAACACUAGCACCUAGGGCACCGACGGCGGCGCUCCAAGUGGCACCCCUCCCCCGGCCUACGGAACGAGGCAAGAGGGCUCCACCAGGACCGAGCCCAGCCAAGCCCCAGGCUCCCCUGAAGAGGGUCAAACCACGUGUGAUACGGAUUGAGGCCCUCCCACAGAAGAUUCGCCUCGUCAGGCGACCCAGGGGCCAGCUGCGAGACGUGAAGGACAUGCCCGCACUACUGUAG